CCCUUGAUUUCACAACAAAAGGGAGAUUUUUAUUUUGUUUCAAAGAUUCUUCUUCACACCCAUUUCACUGAAGAAGCAACUGAAUUUAUCCUCUUUCAGCUUCAAAUCCGAACUCCACCCCGAUUCAAUCGUCUCUUUUCCAUUCUCUCUCUGUUGGGUUUUCCUUUUUUUUUGCUCUUUUUCUUUUUCUUCAAUUUUUUUCUCUGUUGAUGCCCUCCAAUGGCGGCUUUACACUCAUAUUUGUCCCGUUUCUUCCCCAAUUUCCCAUUUCGAAUUACUAACUUCUCUGAAGGAGACAUACCCAUGUUGUUAUUAUGCUUUUUCGUCUUCUUCACCUUCUCCGUCCUUGUUUUAUCAUUUUCUAUUUACAAAAGGGUGAAGAAAAUCGAGUUUGAACAGCAACAGCAACUAAUCAGUGAGCCGAUUGAGCCUGAGAGAAUUGAUAUUGGGAAUUCUGUGGCGGAUUGUGGCAAUGGAACUGACCGGACUUGUUUGACUCAUUCGCUUCUCUUUGAGAUCUUACCGCCGGAUUCUCCAAAAUGGGCAAGUUUCUUUGUUGAAGAGGGCCGUGGUGACCUAGAUUUGAAGAGUGUUGGAUUGAACAAGGAAUUUGGGGAUUCUGGUCAGGAGCAAGGGGGAAAGAGGAAGAAGAAGAGGGCAAAGAAGAAGAGGGCGAAUUCGCAAGCUGGAGAUGAGAGUGAAAAUUGGGGAACGGAUGUUGGAACUGGUUCUGAGCAGGAAUUGACUUUGUUGUAUCCAUUUACAUCGUCUACUAGUGUGAUUCAAAGGAAGAUUAAACGGCAGUAUGAUGAACUAAUGAAGUGUCAGGAAUCAAAGGAAUUGACAUUGGCUCAGGUUCGACAAUUCGCCAACUGCUUAAUUAAUGCUAGAAGCAAGCUGCAGCACAAAGCUGAUGUUAUCCACCGAAAGUUCACCAUAACGAAAGCUCUGCUUUACAAGGCAGAUAGAUCCUCAUUCGAUCGCCUUCAACAGCAGAUAUACAAGUUAGAAUUGGAACAGAAGAGACUAGAGGAGGACACCUUUGUGUAUAACUGGCUUCAACAACAGCUUAAACUGUCUCCAGCAUACAAAAAGAUGCUAGAAAUCGGUACCUGCAUGGAGUUGAUACAAAAAUCUGAGAAGCCAACGGAAAAGAUCGAUUCUGAGUUUACCGACAUAUCGUUUGAAGAACUAUUAGCACAAGAAAAAAAGGAUUCGUUUUGGCAAAAGAAUGGGAAACUGAGAUCAUGCUCAAGCUGAUACAAGUGAUGAGUUUCCUCUUGGUUUUCUUGUAACAAAAGAUCAGAUUUGCAGCAUGUAAAUCCAAAAAUAGAACACUUUGUACCUAGCAGGAAUUUUGUUAACUGCCUGCUGCUUCUUGAUUUUGCUCAAGUAAAUAUACCUUCUUUUCUCUCUACUAGUUAGGAUUUUAGGGAAGUUGGUCAAUCACAUUAGGGAUUUUUUUUUAAAGUACCAUCAGAUGCCUGUAGUUGUAAUGAAUCACUGACUAUUGAUUUUGUCAAUGAUAAAGUUUCAAUACGUUUCUAUAGAAA